AUGGUAUCUGCUCCUGUUCCUCAGUACAUGAAGGGAAGUUUGAACAGGAGGCAUGUACAGCAGCAGUACAUUGUUGCUUCUAGCCUCACACGGAAGGCAUCGAGCAAGGAGCUGAUAACAUCUUCCAUCGUCGAACGCACUAAUUUUCUAAUGGACUUCAUUGGAGAAUGUCGUCAGUCACAACGCAGCGUUGCACCUCUGAUGUAUUCUAAAGGAGAAUUCGCAUUUCAAAACAAAAGCCGAGUUGCACAGUUGGUCUCGCGACUAGAAAACGCUUCAUCUAAAAAGCCGCCUUUGGCUGUUCCAGAAGUAGUUGACGGUCCUGAUGAACCUAAGAAACUCAAACGAAAAUAUGCGAAACAUCUAACAAGCACGAAGAUCCUGCAUAGCAUAUUUGGUCGUGACAGUGAAAAGAAAAAGUCCGAUCCAACUUUAUCAGAUGGAGGGGUUGUAGCUUUGACUGGUGGUGCUGUUCGUGAGCCAGUUGUUUUAAGAAAUCGGCAAAAUGGCGGAUCACUUGGAAGCAGGUCUGAAAACGCCAAGAGUACUCACAUAGAACCAUCAAGGAUACGUAGUCUCAUCAAAAAGAGGAGGUCCGAGGGCUGCAUUGCAGUGACAGCUGAUGAAGCACCUAAAAAUCAACGCUCAAAGACCGGAAAACAGUCAGAUGGUUUUUCUUCACGCAUGGAAUCACCACGUUGUGGCUCCGCCUUAGUUGAUAUAUCACGAAGAGAGCUGGAUUUGAAGGAGGGAGAAGAUAUCGUUCUUCGUCCUCUCGAACCUCGUCUCGAAGAUCGCCCCACUCCAUCUCUUGUCAUCGAAAAGAAAUCCUCACCGGAUCUGAGUGCACCUACGGCUACGUUUUUGGAGGAGUGCCAAUAUCCGUUGAGAAGACGUCCUUAUAACACCAUCGGAGGUGGUCCUUUGAUGAAAUGUGAAAGAAGAAUGCUUCAUUCGAGGCCGCUGAGCAGGACAAUGACUGCGGUUGAGAACAGGAUUUUACCACCGCUGUAUGAGAAUGGCAGCACAUCCGAGGAUCAGCAGCAGAAGAGGCCCAAGAAGAGGUACAUGGGGAGCCACACAACCAGCUCCUUCCAAGGAAAGAAUGUGGCUGCACCUGAUGCUACUCCUAGGCGUCACCUAAUUGGAUUUCUACACCGCACCAGUCACCUUUCGCUUACAAGACAUCGAGGACGUCGGUUUGAGGACUCCACUAUUGGUUCAGAAAGUGAUGCACGUAUGUUCUCGGAUGAUGAUGACCGGGGAUCAACCACCACGGAUAUCACCUCCGUCUCACGACAACAUGAGAACAUGUAUCGCAAACAACGACGGCGUCGGCAGUAUCGUCGACCCUCGAGAGCAUCUUCGUUUUCUAGUAUAACCGAGUCAUCUAUGAGUCUGGACGUGGAUACAGUAAUCCUCAACAUGGAUACUGUGAACUUCCUUGGAAUCUCAAUUGUUGGGCAGAGUUCAGCACGUGGAGAUAAUGGGAUUUAUGUGGCGAAUAUCAUGAAAGGUGGCGCAGUUGCGUUGGAUGGGCGCAUCAGUGCCGGUGAUAUGAUAUUGCAAGUAAACGAUAUCUCGUUCGACAACUUCACUAAUGAUCAAGCUGUGGAUGUUUUACGUGAUGCCGUUGCGCGCAAAGGCCCAAUAAAGCUUACUGUGGCAAAAUGCUUCGACAGCGGUCCAAAGAGCUGUUUUACGAUCCCCCGAAACCAUAGAGAUGAGCCAGUAAGACCUAUUGAUACGCAAGCAUGGAUUCAACACACUAAUGCUAUGCGUGGGAUGCCCAGCAUUCUUGAAGGCUCUGAAGGUGCUCCCACACCAAUACCUGGCGAUUGGCCUCAUGGUCGGCCUCCAAGCAGCUCCACGGUGACGUCUACGGGUUCCAAUGGACAGAACACAGUUGUUACCGGGCAACAUGUUCGGUUGGAUAUUCACACUGAUAAAAAGAAGGUCGUGGAAGUAAUGGCCAUGCCAAACUCAGGGCUUGAUAUCAAAAAUAGAACAUGGCUGAAGAUUCCUAUACCGAUGUCAUUCUUAGGCAAGGAUCUGCUUGAUUGGUUGCUAGCUCACGUUGACGGUCUGCUUGAACGGAAGGACGCUCGAAAGUAUGCUGCUGAGUUGCUGAAGCGUAAACUCAUCGCGCAUGUCGUUAAUAAGAUUACCUUCACCGAGCAGUGUUACUAUGUGCUCGGAGAGGAAUGUGCAGACUUUGCGCGUUACCGAGCUCAUCCUGAGGAUCUGGUUGCACAUCAACACGCUGCUGCACAACAACGGAUGCAAUGGACGACGACCGGACCCGGCGGUGCCAAGGCGCCGGCAUCGAUGGUAAGCGGGUAUGCAUCAAUGCCAGUCUCGCCUUUUCCUCAUUUUACUGUGGCAGGUGGCGCCGCGGCACAUCGUGCAUCUGGACCCGACGUGAGAUCCCAAGCAAGUGGUGGCUCAGGUGAAGGAAGCGGGUCUGGUAGUGACCACAAAAGACAUCGUAAUGUGGUGAUCCCCGCGGCGCCGUCAACGUCGGCGAUUCCACCACGGUUAGACGAGUUACCAUCUGAUCUUGCAGCUAGUCGGCAGUCAUUUCGUAUGGCAAUGAAUCACCCUUAUGAGUUUUUUGUUGAUAAUUUGUAA